AUGUUUGGGAAACUCGUCCACCUAACGUUUGACGCCCUCCUGAUAUCUGCCUUCCUGGCUGGUGUGAAGCGCUCAACAGGACUUACACCUGCCUUAUCGCAAGUACCCAACAAAGACGUUCGACAACUCCUAAGAUCUUAUUUGGAAAUGGGGGAAUACGCCUUCGACUUUGCUGUCGUCGUUUUCGGCCGAUCGCCGUCCUUCGAGCGGAAACACUAA